GCAGAGAGAGAGAGAGACCGGCACAGAGGAGCUGGGGCUGGGGCUGCUGGCUCCGGGGCGCUCCCACUUCCCCUAGUCCGGCGCGGGGCCGCGCGUGAGCAUCUCCCUCAGCUGCAGCCCCGCGGGGGGCGCCUGCCGCCGCCCCAGCCAGCCCGGGCACCGCCGCCGGGCAAGAGGGGGAGCCAUGGCCGAAGGGGGCGAGGGCGAGGACGAGAUACAGUUCCUGCGAACUGAUGAUGAAGUGGUUCUGCAAUGCACUGCCACCGUUCACAAGGAGCAACAGAAACUGUGCCUUGCUGCAGAAGGAUUUGGCAACAGGCUCUGUUUUUUGGAAUCCACUUCAAAUUCUAAGAAUGUUCCACCGGAUCUCUCCAUUUGUACUUUUGUGCUGGAACAAUCCUUGUCAGUGCGAGCUCUUCAGGAAAUGCUGGCUAACACUGAAGAGAAAGCAGAAGGGCUAGUUGAUGUGGAAAAAUGGAAAUUUAUGAUGAAGACUGCACAAGGUGGUGGUCAUCGAACGCUUCUUUAUGGACAUGCAAUAUUGCUGCGCCAUUCCUACAGUGGCAUGUAUCUUUGCUGCCUCUCCACCUCACGGUCUUCGAUGGAUAAAUUGGCAUUUGAUGUGGGAUUGCAAGAAGACACAACAGGUGAGGCCUGCUGGUGGACCAUACAUCCUGCCUCCAAACAGCGAUCAGAGGGAGAAAAAGUGCGUGUUGGAGAUGACCUCAUCUUAGUUAGUAUAUCUUCAGAAAGAUACUUACAUCUGUCCUAUGGCAACGGUAGCUUACAUGUUGAUGCAGCCUUCCAGCAAACACUCUGGAGUGUAGCCCCAAUAAGCUCAGGAAGUGAAGUAGCCCAAGGAUAUUUGAUAGGAGGUGAUGUGCUGAGGCUAUUGCAUGGGCACAUGGAUGAAUGCCUUACUGUCCCUUCAGGGGAACAUGGAGAAGAACAGCGAAGAACUGUCCAUUAUGAAGGUGGCGCUGUGUCGAUUCAUGCUCGUUCCCUUUGGCGACUAGAGACUCUAAGAGUUGCGUGGAGUGGAAGCCACAUUAGAUGGGGACAGCUAUUCAGACUAAGACAUAUAACAACAGGGAAAUAUUUAAGCCUCAUGGAUGACAAGAGUCUUCUUCUUACGGACAAAGAGAAAGCUGAUGUGAAAUCUACAGCGUUUUGUUUUCGGUCUUCCAAGGAAAAACUGGAUAUAGGGAUGAGAAAAGAGGUUGAUGGAAUGGGAGCACCUGAAAUAAAGUAUGGUGACUCAGUAUGCUACAUACAACAUGCAGAUACAGGCCUGUGGCUCACAUACCAGUCUGUGGAUGCAAAGUCUGUAAGAAUGGGAUCUGUGCAACGCAAGGCUAUAAUGCACCAUGAAGGCCACAUGGAUGAUGGUUUGACCUUGUCCAGAUCUCAGCAUGAAGAAUCCCAUACAGCACGAGUCAUCCGUAGUACAGUCUUCCUUUUCAACAGGUUUAUAAGGGGCCUUGAUGCUCUCAGCAAGAAAGUGAAGUCUUCCACAGUUGACUUUCCCAUUGAGUCAGUCAGUCUGAGCCUUCAGGACUUGAUCGGCUACUUCCACCCGCCAGAUGAACAUUUAGAACAUGAAGACAAACAGAACAGGCUAAGAGCACUGAAGAAUCGACAAAAUCUCUUCCAGGAAGAGGGUAUGAUCAACCUUGUCCUUGAAUGCAUUGAUCGCUUGCACGUGUACAGCAGUGCAGCCCAUUUUGCUGACGUAGCUGGGAAGGAAGCAGGAGAGACUUGGAAAUCUAUUCUAAAUUCUUUGUAUGAAUUACUAGCGGCACUUAUUAGGGGGAAUCGUAAAAACUGUGCUCAAUUUUCUGGAUCUCUUGACUGGUUGAUCAGCAGAUUGGAAAGAUUGGAAGCCUCCUCUGGAAUUCUGGAGGUUUUGCACUGUGUGUUGGUGGAAAGUCCAGAAGCUCUAAACAUUAUUAAGGAAGGACAUAUUAAAUCGAUCAUCUGUCUUUUGGACAAACAUGGAAGAAACCAUAAGGUUUUAGAUGUCUUGUGCUCUCUGUGUGUAUGCCAUGGAGUAGCUGUGCGGUCUAAUCAACAUCUAAUCUGUGACAACCUCCUACCAGGAAGAGAUCUCCUCCUACAGACACGCCUUGUGAACCAUGUGAGCAGCAUGAGACCCAAUAUCUUCCUUGGGAUCAGUGACGGCUCCGCCCAAUACAGAAAAUGGUACUAUGAGCUUAUGGUGGACUACGUGGAGCCCUUUGUGACAGCAGAAGCAACUCAUCUUCGAGUGGGCUGGGCUUCAACAGAGGGCUAUUCACCCUACCCUGGGGGAGGUGAAGAAUGGGGUGGAAAUGGUGUUGGCGAUGACCUGUACUCUUAUGGAUUUGAUGGUCUUCAUCUGUGGUCAGGCUGUAUUGCACGGACAGUGAAUUCUCCCAAUCCACAUUUGUUAAGAACGGAUGAUGUCAUCAGCUGUUGUUUGGAUCUAAGUGCCCCAAGCAUCUCAUUCCGGAUAAAUGGUCAACCAGUUCAAGGGAUGUUUGAGAAUUUCAACAUAGAUGGUCUCUUCUUUCCAGUCGUCAGCUUCUCUGCAGGAAUAAAGGUACGUUUUCUGCUUGGAGGCCGCCAUGGAGAGUUCAAAUUCCUGCCUCCACCUGGGUACGCGCCUUGCUUUGAAGCUGUUCUGCCAAAAGAGAAGCUAAAAGUGGAACAUAGCCGAGAAUACAAACAGGAUCACCACUGUACAAGAGACCUAUUGGGUCCAACCAUCUCUUUAUCCCAAGCAGCCUUCACACCAGUUCCCGUAGACACUAGCCAGAUUGUAUUGCCUCCUCACCUGGAAAGAAUUAGAGAAAAAUUAGCAGAGAACAUCCAUGAACUCUGGGUUAUGAAUAAAAUUGAACUUGGCUGGCAGUAUGGCCCAGUUAGAGAUGACAACAAAAGACAACACCCAUGCUUGAUAGAGUUUUCAAAGUUGCCAGAGCAGGAACGAAAUUAUAAUUUACAAAUGUCACUUGAGACGCUGAAAACCCUGUUGGCAUUAGGUUGUCAUGUUGGAAUUGCUGAUGAAUAUGCUGAAGAAAAAGUGAAAAAACUGAAACUUCCUAAGAAUUACCAGUUGUCAAGUGGAUACAAGCCUGCUCCCAUGGAUCUGAGCUUUAUCAAGUUGACCCCCUCUCAAGAAGCCAUGGUGGAUAAACUAGCAGAGAAUGCUCAUAAUGUGUGGGCAAGGGACCGUAUCAGGCAGGGUUGGACAUAUGGUAUCCAGCAGGAUGUGAAGAAUCGAAGAAACCCCCGCCUUGUUCCAUAUGCCCUUUUGGAUGAUCGUACCAAGAAGUCAAACAAAGAUAGCCUCCGGGAGGCCGUUCGCACCCUUCUUGGCUAUGGUUACAACCUGGAGGCUCCUGAUCAAGAUCACGCUACAAGGUCAGACGUGUGCACUGGGAUAAUGGAAAGAUUCCGAAUAUUCCGCACUGAGAAGACUUACGCAGUAAAGGCUGGAAAAUGGUACUUUGAGUUUGAGGCAGUCACUGCAGGAGACAUGAGAGUUGGCUGGACCAGGCCAGGCUGCCAGCCAGACCAGGAACUUGGCUCAGAUGAGCAAGCUUUUGUCUUUGAUGGCUUCAAGGCCCAGCGGUGGCACCAGGGUAAUGAGCAUUUUGGCCGCUCUUGGCUGGCAGGGGAUGUCGUGGGGUGUAUGGUUGACAUGAACGAGCACACCAUGAUGUUCACCCUGAACGGUGAAAUCCUGCUUGAUGACUCAGGUUCAGAGCUUGCAUUCAAGGACUUUGAGGUUGGUGAUGGUUUAUUACCUGUGUGCAGCUUGGGCUUGUCUCAAGUGGGAAGAAUGAACUUUGGGAAAAAUGUCAGCUCCCUGAAAUAUUUUACUAUCUGUGGCUUACAAGAAGGCUAUGAACCCUUUGCUGUUAAUACAAACAGAGACAUUACCAUGUGGCUCAGCAAGAGACUCCCUCAGUUUUUCCCAGUGCCACCAAACCAUGAACAUAUUGAGGUGAUGAGAAUAGAUGGCACCACAGACAGCUCCCCCUGUUUGAAGGUCACUCAGAAGUCCUUUGGCUCACAGAACAGCAAAACAGGCAUCAUGUUUUUUCGCUUGAGCAUGCCUAUUGAGUGUGCAGAAGUAUUCUCCAAAAUAUCAGCAGGAGGGUUGCCAGGCACUGGUCUUUUUGGCCCAAAAAGUGACUUGGAGGAUUAUGAUGCUGAUUCUGAUUUUGAGGUUCUGAUGAAGACAGCUCAUGGUCACCUAGUGCCUGACCGGGCAGAAAAAGAAGCUACAAAACUGGAGUUCAAUAACCACAAGGAUUACACUCAAGAGAAACCUUCACGUCUUAAACAAAGGUUUAUGCUCAGAAGGACAAAGCCAGAUUACAGCACAAGCCACUCUGCACGGCUCACAGAGGAUGUUCUGGCAGAUGACAGAGAUGACUAUGAUUACUUGAUGCAUACUUCUACGUACUAUUACUCGGUGAGAAUAUUUCCUGGGCAAGAACCUGCUAAUGUCUGGGUGGGCUGGAUUACAUCUGACUUCCAUCAAUAUGACAUGACCUUUGACUUGGACAGAGUACGCACUGUUACAGUGACACUAGGGGAUGAAAAAGGAAAGGUUCAUGAGAGUAUCAAACGUAGUAACUGCUAUAUGGUGUGCGCUGGAGAGAGCAUGAGCCCCGGACAAGGUCGCAACAACAAUGGACUGGAGAUUGGUUGUGUGGUCGAUGCUGCCAGUGGUCUGCUGACCUUCACUGCUAAUGGCAAGGAACUGAGCACCUAUUAUCAGGUUGAACCAAGUACUAAGUUAUUUCCUGCAGUAUUUGCACAAGCUACAAGCCCCAAUGUUUUCCAGUUUGAGUUGGGAAGGAUAAAGAAUGUAAUGCCAUUGUCUGCUGGCUUGUUCAAAAGCGAGCAUAAAAACCCAGUCCCUCAAUGCCCUCCCCGACUCCAUGUCCAGUUUUUGACCCAUGUGCUGUGGAGCAGAAUGCCAAACCACUUUCUGAAGGUUGAUAUCUCACGGGUCAGUGAACGUCAAGGCUGGAUGGUACAGUGCUUGGAUCCUUUGCAGUUCAUGUCCCUCCAUAUCCCAGAAGAAAACAGGUCUAUAGAUAUUUUAGAACUGACAGAACAGGAAGAAUUGCUGAAAUUUCACUAUCAUACCCUCCGAUUGUAUUCAGCUGUUUGUGCUCUAGGGAACAACCGGGUGGCACAUGCUAUGUGCAGCCAUGUGGAUGAAUCUCAGCUUCUCUAUGGCAUUGAGAAUAAGUAUAUGCCAGGCUUGCUUCGCACAGGCUAUUAUGACUUACUCAUUGACAUCCACCUCAACACCUAUGCCACGGCCAGGUUAAUGAUGAAUAACGAAUUUAUUGUUCCGAUGACGAAUGAGACCAAGAGCAUUACUCUGUUUCCUGAUGAGAACAAAAAACAUGGCCUCCCUGGUAUAGGACUCAGCACUUCACUACGGCCUAGAAUCCAGUUCUCCUCUCCCAGUUUUGUAAGCAUUAGCAGUGAGUGCUAUCAAUUUAGCCCUGAAUUUCCUCUGGAUAUCUUAAAGGCCAAAACUAUAGAGAUGCUGACCGAGGCUGUUCAAGAGGGCAACCUCCAUGUCAGAGAUCCAGUAGGGGGUACUACAGAGUUUCUAUUUGUCCCUCUCAUCAAGCUUUUUUACACCCUGCUAAUCAUGGGAGUCUUCCAUAAUGGGGAUCUGAAACACAUCUUGCAGCUGAUUGAGCCCAGCGUUUUCAAGGAAGACAUGAGCCAGGAGGAUGAGAGUGAAGUGCCAGAGAAGGAGCUGAGUGCAGUGGAGCUAAAGCCAGAAGGAGGAGAGGACGAAGUCAAAGGGGGGCGGGUGCUGAAGGAAGGUCUUCUUCAAAUGAAACUUCCUGAACCAGUAAAAUUACAGAUGUGUUACUUACUCCAGUACCUCUGUGACUGCCAGAUACGUCAUCGGAUAGAAGCCAUUGUAGCAUUUUCUGAUGAUUUUGUGGCUAAGCUUCAAGAGAAUCAGCGAUUCCGAUAUAAUGAAGUUAUGCAGGCCUUAAACAUGUCUGCCGCCCUGACAGCCAGGAAAACAAAAGAGUUUCGAUCUCCACCUCAAGAGCAGAUUAACAUGCUUCUGAAUUUUAAGGAUGAUAAAAGUGAUUGUCCUUGCUCUGAAGAAAUUAGAGAUCAACUCUUGGAGUUCCAUGAGGACUUAAUGACACAUUGUGGAAUUGAAUUAGAUGAAGAUGGAGCCCUGGAUGGAAACAGUGAUUUAACCAUUAGAGGUCGCCUCAUGUACCUAGUAGAAAAAGUCACAUAUUUAAAGAAGAAACAAAAUGAGAAACCAGUUGAUAAUGAUGCUAAGAAGCCCUCUACUCUUCAGCAAUUGAUUUCAGAGACCAUGGUACGCUGGGCUCAGGAGUCAGUAAUAGAGGAUCCAGAGUUAGUGAGGGCCAUGUUUGUAUUGCUGCAUCGGCAGUAUGACGGUAUCGGUGGUCUGGUUCGAAGCUUACCAAAGACCUACACCAUAAAUGGUGUAUCAGUGGAAGAUACAAUCAACCUCUUGGCAUCCCUGGGCCAGAUCCGUUCCUUGCUCAGCGUCAGAAUGGGCAAGGAGGAAGAGAAGCUUAUGAUUCGUGGAUUAGGAGACAUCAUGAAUAAUAAAGUGUUUUACCAACAUCCUAAUCUUAUGAGGGCUCUAGGAAUGCAUGAAACUGUCAUGGAAGUGAUGGUAAAUGUACUUGGCGGAGGAGAAUCCAAGGAAAUCACCUUCCCUAAGAUGGUGGCAAAUUGCUGUCGUUUUCUAUGUUAUUUCUGCCGCAUCAGCAGGCAGAAUCAAAAGGCUAUGUUUGAUCAUCUUAGUUACUUACUGGAAAACAGCAGUGUUGGGCUUGCUUCCCCUUCUAUGCGAGGAUCAACCCCUCUAGAUGUUGCGGCAGCAUCUGUGAUGGAUAACAAUGAACUUGCACUAGCUUUAAGGGAGCCUGACCUGGAGAAGGUAGUUCGCUAUUUGGCUGGAUGUGGUUUGCAAAGCUGCCCUUUGCUGGUUUCUAAGGGAUAUCCAGACAUUGGCUGGAAUCCAGUUGAAGGAGAGCGAUAUCUGGAUUUUCUUCGCUUUGCAGUUUUUUGCAAUGGAGAGAGUGUUGAAGAGAAUGCUAAUGUUGUGGUCAGGCUACUUAUUCGUCGUCCUGAGUGCUUUGGUCCAGCAUUGAGAGGGGAAGGAGGUAACGGGUUACUUUCUGCCAUGGAGGAAGCUAUAAAAAUAUCAGAAGAUUCUACUAGAGAUGGACCUUCCCCAAGUAAUGGAUCCAGUAAAACUCUUGAGAUGGAAGAAGAAGAUGACACCAUCCAUAUGGGAAAUGCCAUCAUGACCUUUUACGCUGCUUUGAUUGACCUCUUAGGACGCUGUGCCCCUGAAAUGCAUCUAAUCCAUGCUGGCAAAGGGGAAGCCAUUAGGAUCAGGUCAAUUCUGCGGUCUUUGAUUCCCCUGGAAGAUUUGGUGGGUGUAAUUAGCAUUCCUUUCCACAUGCCAACAAUAGCUAAAGAUGGUACUGUGGUGGAACCUGACAUGUCAGCGGGGUUUUGCCCAGAUCACAAGGCAGCCAUGGUUUUGUUCCUUGACAGAGUCUAUGGAAUUGAGGUCCAGGAUUUCCUUCUACAUCUCCUUGAGGUUGGCUUUCUGCCAGAUCUCCGUGCUGCUGCUUCCUUAGACACGGCUGCUCUGAGUGCUACAGACAUGGCCUUGGCUCUGAAUCGAUACCUUUGUACUGCAGUCUUGCCUUUGUUAACCAGAUGUGCUCCUCUUUUUGCUGGCACAGAGCACCAUGCCUCCCUCAUAGAUUCCUUAUUACAUACUGUGUACAGACUCUCCAAGGGCUGCUCUCUUACCAAAGCUCAGCGGGAUUCCAUUGAAGAAUGUUUACUCUCUAUUUGUGGCCAACUGAGGCCUUCCAUGAUGCAACACUUGCUGAGGAGAUUAGUGUUUGAUGUUCCCCUAUUAAAUGAGCAUGCAAAGAUGCCUCUGAAGUUGCUGACAAAUCAUUAUGAAAGAUGCUGGAAGUAUUAUUGCCUGCCAAGUGGGUGGGGCAACUUUGGUGCUGCCUCAGAAGAAGAACUUCAUUUAUCCAGAAAGUUGUUCUGGGGUAUUUUUGAUGCCCUGUCUCAAAAGAAGUACGAACAGGAACUGUUCAAACUGGCUUUGCCCUGCCUGAGUGCAGUUGCGGGAGCUUUACCUCCAGACUACAUGGAAUCCAAUUAUGUCAGUAUGAUGGAAAAACAGGCUUCAAUGGAUUCAGAUGGGAACUUUAACCCACAACCUGUUGAUACCUCAAAUAUUACAAUUCCUGAAAAGCUAGAAUAUUUCAUUAACAAAUAUGCAGAACAUUCUCAUGAUAAAUGGUCAAUGGAAAAGUUUUCAAAUGGAUGGAUAUAUGGUGAAACAUAUUCUGAGUCUUCCAAGGUGCAGCCAUUAAUGAAACAAUAUAAACUAUUAUCAGAAAAGGAAAAAGAAAUUUAUCGGUGGCCAAUCAAAGAAUCUUUGAAAACCAUGCUAGCUUGGGGAUGGCGGAUUGAAAGGACAAGGGAGGGAGAUAGUAUGGCCCUUUAUAAUCGGACACGUCGCAUAUCUCAGACAAGUCAGGUGUCUGUAGAUGCUGCCCAUGGUUACAGCCCUCGAGCUAUCGACAUGAGCAACGUUACCCUCUCCAGAGACCUGCAUGCAAUGGCUGAAAUGAUGGCUGAAAACUACCAUAACAUAUGGGCAAAGAAAAAGAAAAUGGAACUGGAAGCAAAAGUAGGAGGAGGCAACCAUCCUCUGCUGGUUCCCUAUGACACGCUGACAGCCAAAGAAAAAGCCAAAGACCGAGAGAAAGCACAGGAUAUUUUCAAGUUUCUACAGAUCAAUGGAUAUGUUGUCUCCAGAGGAUUAAAGGACCUGGAGUUAGACACACCUUCCAUUGAGAAACGAUUCGCUUACAGUUUCCUUCAGCAGCUGAUAAGAUAUGUGGAUGAAGCCCAUCAGUACAUUCUGGAGUUUGAUGGUGGCAGCAGAGGCAAAGGAGAACAAUUCCCUUAUGAGCAAGAAAUCAAGUUCUUUGCCAAAGUUGUGCUCCCUUUAAUUGAUCAGUAUUUCAAAAAUCAUCGGCUGUAUUUCCUAUCUGCAGCAAGCAGGCCUCUCAGCAGCGGGGGACAUGCCUCUAACAAGGAGAAAGAAAUGGUGACAAGCCUGUUCUGCAAACUUGGAGUUCUUGUCAGGCAUAGGAUUUCACUGUUUGGAAAUGAUGCAACAUCAAUAGUCAACUGUCUUCAUAUACUUGGCCAGACUUUGGAUGCAAGGACUGUGAUGAAGACUGGUCUGGAGUCUGUUAAAAUGGCAUUGAGAGCAUUUUUGGAUAAUGCUGCAGAAGAUCUGGAGAUGACAAUGGAAAAUCUUAAGCAAGGCCAGUUUACACACACAAGAAAUCAACCAAAGGGGGUGACACAAAUCAUUAACUACACCACAGUGGCUCUCCUGCCAGUGCUCUCUUCAUUAUUUGAACACAUUGGACAGCAUCAAUUUGGAGAAGAUCUAAUAUUGGAAGAUGUUCAGGUCUCUUGUUACAGAAUAUUGGCCAGCUUGUACUCUCUAGGAACCAGCAAAAGUAUCUAUGUGGAGCGGCAGCGCUCAGCCUUAGGAGAAUGUUUGGCUGCUUUUGCUGGUGCCUUCCCUGUGGCCUUUUUGGAAACUCAUCUGAACAAACAUAAUACCUACUCUAUCUACAACACCAAGUCUGCAAGAGACAGAGCAGCUCUUGAUUUGCCAAUCAGUGUAGAAGAGGUUUGUCCAAAAAUUCCUUCCCUGGAGAAGUUAAUGGAAGAAAUAGUGGAAUUGGCAGAGUCUGGUAUUCGUUACACACAAAUGCCACAUAUAAUGGAAGUGAUACUGCCUAUGCUGUGUAGCUACAUGUCACACUGGUGGGAACAUGGGCCAGAAAACAAUCCUGACAAGGCUGAAAUGUGCUGCACAGCCUUGACCUCAGAGCACAUGAACACUCUGUUGGGUAACAUACUGAAAAUCAUCUAUAACAACCUAGGUAUUGAUGAGGGAGCCUGGAUGAAGAGAUUAGCAGUGUUUUCCCAGCCUAUCAUAAGCAAAGUGAAGCCCCAGCUCUUAAAGACCCACUUCCUGCCACUGAUGGAUAAAUUGAAGAAAAAAGCAGCAAUGGUUGUAUCAGAUGAAGACCAUCUAAGAGCAGAAGGCAGAGGUGACAUGUCUGAAGCUGAACUGCUUAUCCUAGAUGAGUUCACCAUUUUGGCACGGGACCUCUAUGCCUUCUACCCUUUGUUGAUUAGAUUUGUGGACUAUAACAGGGCAAAAUGGCUGAAAGAACCCAACCCGGAAGCAGAGGAACUGUUCCGCAUGGUGGCUGAGGUAUUCAUUUACUGGUCAAAAUCCCAUAAUUUCAAAAGGGAAGAGCAGAAUUUUGUGGUACAGAAUGAAAUCAACAACAUGUCUUUCCUUAUUACUGACACCAAAUCCAAGAUGUCUAAGGGAGCUGUUUCUGAUCAGGAGAGAAAGAAAAUGAAGCGAAAAGGGGACCGGUAUUCUGUACAGACAUCUCUCAUUGUAGCAGCACUGAAGAGAUUACUACCUAUUGGUCUAAAUAUUUGUGCACCCGGAGACCAAGAGUUAAUUGCACUUGCCAAAAACAGAUUCAGCAUGAAAGACACUGAGGAUGAAGUUAGGGAUAUUAUCCACAGUAAUCUUCAUCUGCAGGGCAAGCUCGAGGAUCCUGCCAUUAGGUGGCAGAUGGCCCUUUACAAAGAUUUACCAAACAGGACCGAAGAUACUUCAGAUCCAGAGAAGACCGUGGAAAGAGUUCUGCAUAUAGCUAAUGUACUUUUCCACCUGGAACAGAGAUCUUCUAAAAUGCGCCAGAGAUUUUUCUGUUUGGUUGAGCAUCCUCAGAGGUCCAAAAAGGCAGUGUGGCACAAACUGUUGUCCAAACAGAGAAAAAGAGCAGUAGUGGCCUGCUUUAGAAUGGCUCCAUUAUAUAAUCUGCCAAGGCAUCGAGCUGUCAAUCUCUUUCUUCAAGGUUAUGAAAAGUCUUGGAUUGAAACAGAAGAGCAUUACUUUGAAGAUAAACUGAUAGAAGAUUUAGCAAAACCUGGAGAGGAGCCACCAGAGGAGGAUGAAGGCAUUAAAAGAGUUGAUCCGCUGCAUCAGCUUAUUCUGCUUUUCAGUCGAACAGCCUUAACUGAAAAAUGCAAACUGGAGGAAGAUUACUUGUAUAUGGCAUAUGCUGACAUUAUGGCAAAGAGUUGUCAUGAUGAAGAGGAUGAUGAUGGUGAAGAAGAAGUGAAGAGUUUUGAAGUCACAGGAUCGCAACGCAGCAAGGAAAAAGAAAUGGAAAAACAGAAGCUUCUGUACCAGCAAGCAAGACUGCAUGAUCGGGGUGCUGCAGAGAUGGUGCUUCAAACAAUCAGCGCUAGCAAAGGUGAGAUGGGUCCCAUGGUUGCCGCCACCUUAAAGCUUGGGAUUGCCAUCUUAAAUGGAGGAAAUUCUACAGUUCAACAGAAAAUGCUCGACUACCUCAAGGACAAAAAGGAUGUGGGCUUUUUUCAGAGCCUUGCUGGUCUUAUGCAGUCAUGUAGCGUUCUUGACCUAAAUGCAUUUGAACGCCAAAACAAAGCAGAGGGCCUUGGCAUGGUGACAGAAGAAGGAUCAGGAGAAAAGGUAAUGCAGGAUGACGAAUUCACCUGUGACCUCUUCCGCUUCCUCCAGUUGCUUUGUGAAGGACACAGUUCAGAUUUUCAGAAUUAUUUGAGAACUCAAACUGGUAACAACACAACUGUCAAUAUUAUCAUCUCCACUGUGGAUUACUUACUGAGAGUUCAGGAAUCAAUUAGUGAUUUCUACUGGUAUUAUUCUGGGAAGGAUGUUAUUGAUGAGCAAGGACAACGUAAUUUCUCCAAAGCAAUUCAAGUUGCAAAACAGGUCUUCAAUACUCUCACAGAGUAUAUUCAGGGUCCAUGUACAGGGAACCAGCAGAGUCUGGCACACAGCAGGCUAUGGGACGCAGUGGUUGGUUUUCUUCAUGUGUUUGCCCACAUGCAGAUGAAACUAUCUCAGGAUUCCAGUCAAAUUGAAUUACUGAAAGAGUUAAUGGAUCUUCAGAAGGAUAUGGUGGUCAUGUUGCUCUCUAUGCUGGAAGGUAAUGUUGUGAAUGGAACUAUUGGCAAGCAGAUGGUUGACAUGCUAGUGGAGUCUUCCAAUAACGUGGAAAUGAUUCUGAAGUUUUUUGAUAUGUUCUUAAAGUUGAAGGAUUUAACUUCAUCUGAUGCAUUCAAGGAAUAUGACCCUGAUGGUAAGGGUAUAAUUUCAAAGAGGGACUUUCAGAAGGCCAUGGAAAGCCAUAAGCACUACACCCAGUCUGAAACUGAGUUUCUACUAUCUUGUGCUGAGACAGAUGAGAAUGAGACUCUGGAUUAUGAGGAAUUUGUGAAACGGUUCCAUGAGCCUGCCAAAGACAUUGGUUUCAAUGUUGCUGUUCUUCUAACCAACCUUUCAGAGCACAUGCGCCAUGAUACUCGGUUGCAGACUUUUCUUGAACUAGCAGAGAGCGUUCUGAAUUAUUUUCAGCCCUUCCUUGGACGCAUAGAAAUCAUGGGUAGUGCAAAGCGCAUUGAGCGAGUUUACUUUGAAAUAAGUGAGUCAAGUCGGACUCAGUGGGAGAAACCUCAGGUUAAAGAGUCAAAGAGGCAGUUUAUCUUUGAUGUAGUAAACGAAGGAGGGGAGAAGGAAAAGAUGGAACUUUUUGUUAAUUUCUGUGAGGAUACCAUCUUUGAAAUGCAGCUAGCUGCCCAGAUCUCUGAGUCAGAUUUGAAUGAGAGGUCCACAAAUAAAGAAGAGAAUGAAAAAGAUAAGCCUGAGGAACAGGACCCUAGCAGGGGCUUCUUCUCCCUUGUGACUGUCAAGGCAGCCUUGGUAGCCCUCAAAUAUAAUAUAAUGACUCUUACAAAAGUGCUCAGCGUGAAGAGUCUAAAGAAGCAGAUGAAGAAAAUGAAAAAAAUGACCAUGAAGGACAUGUUCAUGGCUUUAUUUUCUUCCUACUGGAGCAUCUUGAUGGGCUUACUGCAUUUCACCUGUAGUGUUUUCCGGGGCUUCUUUCGCAUCAUGUACAGUUUGCUACUCGGAGGAAGCCUGGUAGAAGGGGCUAAGAAGAUCAAGGUAGCUGAACUUUUAGCCAAUAUGCCAGAUCCCACUCAGGAUGAGGUACGUGGUGAAGGGGAAGAGGGAGAAAGGAAACCCACAGAAGCUGCAUUGCCAGCAGAAGAUCUGACUGAUCUGACAGCUUUAUCAGAUGAUGGUGACCUACUCUCAGACAUAUUUGGCUUGGACUUGAAAAGAGAAGGAGGCCAGUAUAAGCUGAUUCCUCAUAAUCCAAAUGCUGGUCUGAGUGAUUUGUUGAGCACAUCUUCCUUACUCCCAUUACCUGAGAUGCAGGAAAAAAUUCAGGAGCAGAAAGUGAAUGACGAUGAAAAGGAGGAGAAAGAAGAAACUAAAUCGGAACUUGAAAAAGCAGAGGGAGAAGAUGGAGAAAAGGAAGAAAAAGCCAAAGAAGACAAAGGGAAACAGAAGCUGAGACAGCUUCAUGCACACAGAUAUGGAGAACCAGAAGUCCAGGAAUCAGCCUUUUGGAAGAAAAUCAUAGCAUACCAGCAGAAACUUCUUAACUAUUUUGCUCGCAAUUUUUAUAACAUGAGGAUGUUGGCUUUGUUUGUUGCUUUUGCCAUCAAUUUCAUCCUGCUCUUCUAUAAGGUCUCCACCUCUGCUGUGAUAGAAGAAAAGGAAGUUCUUGUGGUAAAUGCUGAGGAAGACUCCAAGUUAAACAGCCUGGAAAGCGGCUCCCAUCGGAUCAUCGCUGUGCACUAUGUCCUUGAAGAAAGCAGUGGCUAUAUGGAACCCACGCUGCGGAUUUUGGCCAUCCUACACACAGUCAUCUCCUUUUUCUGCAUCAUUGGAUAUUACUGUUUGAAAGUUCCACUGGUUAUUUUUAAGCGUGAAAAGGAAGUUGCAAGGAAAUUGGAAUUUGAUGGGCUGUACAUUACAGAACAGCCUUCAGAAGAUGAUAUUAAAGGGCAGUGGGACAGACUCGUCAUCAACACACAAUCAUUUCCUAACAACUAUUGGGAUAAGUUUGUUAAAAGAAAGGUUAUGGAUAAAUACGGGGAGUUCUAUGGCCGGGACCGAAUCAGUGAGUUACUAGGAAUGGACAAGGCUGCUCUGGAUUUUAGCGAUGCCCGAGAAAAAAAGAAGCCGAAGAAAGAUAGCUCCUUAUCUGCGGUGCUAAAUUCCAUUGACGUAAAGUAUCAGAUGUGGAAAUUAGGAGUUGUUUUCACUGAUAAUUCUUUUCUUUACCUAGCCUGGUAUAUGACUAUGUCAAUCCUCGGCCAUUACAACAACUUUUUCUUUGCUGCUCAUCUCCUUGACAUUGCAAUGGGAUUCAAGACACUACGAACUAUUCUGUCGUCAGUAACCCACAAUGGCAAACAGCUUGUUUUAACAGUGGGAUUACUGGCAGUGGUAGUCUACUUGUACACAGUAGUGGCAUUCAAUUUUUUCCGUAAAUUCUACAACAAGAGUGAAGAUGGAGAUAUGCCAGAUAUGAAAUGUGAUGAUAUGCUAACAUGCUACAUGUUUCAUAUGUAUGUCGGUGUGCGGGCGGGUGGAGGCAUUGGUGAUGAAAUUGAGGAUCCAGCAGGAGAUGAAUAUGAGAUCUAUCGGAUCAUCUUUGACAUUACUUUCUUCUUCUUUGUAAUUGUCAUUCUGCUAGCCAUCAUACAAGGUUUAAUUAUUGAUGCUUUUGGAGAAUUAAGAGACCAACAAGAACAAGUUAAAGAAGACAUGGAGACCAAAUGCUUUAUCUGUGGGAUAGGCAAUGACUACUUUGACACAGUGCCCCAUGGCUUUGAAACACAUACCCUGCAGGAGCACAACUUGGCCAAUUAUCUAUUUUUUCUGAUGUAUCUCAUUAACAAAGAUGAAACAGAGCAUACAGGACAGGAAUCCUAUGUAUGGAAAAUGUAUCAAGAACGGUGCUGGGAGUUUUUCCCUGCUGGUGACUGCUUCCGAAAACAGUAUGAAGACCAGCUCAACUAAAUACGAAUCGCCACUGAAAAUAUAUCUAUCCAUCUCCCAACUCUUAGGGAAGAACUGAUUUCUCGACUCUCCAAAGCUGUGUGCUUUUUGGAGCACCAAAGCUAUGUUUCUGAUUACCUGACUGUGCUGGGUUUUUUCCCUGUUUAUUUGCUUUGAGAACAAUGGAGUAAAGAACAAUGAAAACUUAAAACAGCAACUCAUGGGGGGGAAAAAACCACACACCCACACAUAAAUCCCCAUACAUAACAUGCACACACACGAAGAGGCAAUUAUUUUAUGAGACUGCCAGAUGAAUCCCUUGAUUCUGAGAACACACGUGGGGUAAUGUGGUAGUGACAUUUAUUCAAUCUAUUUAUUUCAUCAUCCUGGAAGAAACUAUAUAGUUCACAGAGCACUGUAAAGGAUUGUUUUGGACACUAAGUUGUGGGGAAAUAGUGCCUUACUAUAUGUGGGUUGAGCUAUGCAGAAGAUGAGUGCAUGAUGACAUAUUAUCUUUUCUUUGUGCCGUCCCUUUCUUCCCAGUUAAUAUUUAUUUUGUGUUUUGGUGAGGUUGCGGGGGGAGGGGUUUGACUGUGCACAUCUUUUUAAUAAGAUUGUGGCGUGUCUCAGGACAAGAGUAGGUUAUUCUCAUCAAGCUAAGUUCACAUUUACCUUCCUCUUUUGCUCUUGCUCUUAUUUUGGUAAUGCUCUGAUGCAACACUGCAACUUUAUGAAAUCUUUGUAUGAAAACAGAUUGAAAAACACUUUAAAAAGAAAUAUUUCAUUGCAUGUUUAUUAUGCAAGUUUAAAACCAAGAAACAAAAAACAACAACCUUCAAAAGCAAGUUGAUCAACAUGAGAAAAACAAUCACAAUAAUCAUACUCAUAGUAAUAAAGUGUUGUGGGCUUUAUUGUACAUUUGGAAUCAGUGUCAUCAGCCAACAAUGUAUAUGUUAUGAACUUAACAGUAGUUUUGGUUUAAUUUCUUUUUCUCUUUCUUUUAUUUUUGCCACCUGUGAUCAAUAGUGGAGUUAAAGAUUUUCUUGUUAGACCAUUUUUUAAAAUCAAAGCUGAAGCAAUAUCCAUUCAGGGAUUCCAUCAGGUUCAUCAUGAAGCACCAAUGAUGUGUACAUCACUCCAUUUUGAGUCCUUUUCAAUUGUAAUGGCAGUCUUUACAAAUAAAAAGAGAAAUUCAGAAUGGAAGCAAGA